UCAUCUGCAUCGUCCUUAAAGAGCUGUUCUGUUUCCCACAGAUUAGUAGUUACUUAAGUUAUCAGGAGAACCAUACCCUCACGAAUACAGUGCUAGUGAAUUAUUCAACAAAUACAGAUUGAGGAUAUACUGUGUACCCAGCGGUUGACAACCGGAAGGACACGGGGAUCAGAGGCACCUGUUCUUGGGCCGCCAGUGACCAGGGCUGACAACUUGCCCAGACCACAAGCCUCCCUGUUGAGAAAGCAAGCGGACUCACAGUUUUUCAGUGUCUCAGGGAGCCUGCGGCAGUGAUCCAGUUCCUUCAAAAGAUUUAAGUUAAUUUUUCAACGUUGAAACCACUGACUAGAGAACAGGCCAUGACCCCAGGAGAAAGACCCUGCAACACAUUUUAACUGCACAUGAAUAAAUAAAAGUACCUGUUACAAAACAGCAGUAACAAAAGGGGGCUGAGGAAGCGACCUAUGCCACUAUUCCAGAAACAACUUUUACCUGGUUUUUGGCUACUGAUGUUACAAACAAUAAAAUAUUGGAGCAUAGAGUUGAAGAACAGACUCAAACCAGGUUUUUAUUUAAUUAGUUAAAAAUAUGGAUGCUGAGACAAGGGGACAAGAGAUUAUCAAAGUGACACCUCUUCAACAAAUGCUUGCCUCAUGUACUGGAGCUAUACUGACAUCAGUAAUAGUGACACCCCUGGAUGUUGUUAAAAUUAGACUCCAAGCCCAAAACAACCCACUCCCCAAAGGAAAAUGUUUUGUAUAUAGUAAUGGACUCAUGGAUCAUCUAUGUGUCUGUGAAGAGGGAGGCAACAAACUAUGGUAUAAGAAGCCAGGAAAUUUCCAGGGAACAUUGGAUGCAUUUUUUAAAAUCAUUCGAAAUGAGGGCAUUAAAUCUCUAUGGAGUGGCCUUCCUCCUACCCUAGUGAUGGCAGUUCCUGCCACAGUUAUUUAUUUUACCUGCUAUGAUCAAUUAAGUGCUCUUCUGAGAUCUAAGUUAGGAGAAAAUGAAACCUACAUACCAAUUGUUGCUGGAAUUGUAGCCAGAUUUGGUGCAGUAACUGUGAUAAGUCCACUAGAAUUGAUUAGAACCAAGAUGCAGUCCAAGAAGUUUUCUUACGUGGAACUGCAUCGAUUUGUCAGCAAGAAAGUAUCUGAAGAUGGUUGGAUUUCCCUUUGGAGGGGCUGGGCUCCUACUGUUCUUAGAGAUGUACCUUUCUCAGCAAUGUACUGGUAUAACUAUGAAAUUUUAAAGAAGUGGUUAUGUGAGAAAUCUGGUUUAUAUGAGCCAACAUUUAUGAUCAACUUUACUUCAGGGGCAUUGUCUGGUUCUUUUGCAGCUGUUGCAACUUUACCAUUUGAUGUAGUAAAAACACAAAAGCAGACACAACUUUGGACAUAUGAAAGUCAUAAAAUUUCUAUGCCUUUGCAUAUGUCAACCUGGAUUAUAAUGAAGAACAUUGUUGCUAAAAAUGGAUUUUCCGGAUUAUUUUCAGGCCUAAUUCCUCGCUUAAUUAAAAUUGCUCCUGCUUGUGCCAUUAUGAUCAGUACAUAUGAAUUUGGAAAGGCUUUUUUCCAGAAACAAAAUGUUCGAAGGCAGCAAUACUAGUGAUGCUGUUUCAACUUGAAACAACAACUAUAGCCAAAGAAGAUGGAGACUCUUAGGCAAGAAUGUUUUUCACCAUUAUUCUCUCACAAUGAUUUUAUGUCUUUCUAUCCUAUAAUUUAAAUAAAUAAUUUCAGCUCUACCUCUAAAUCAUAAUUUUAAAAUAAAUUUUAUCUUAUUUUUGGUGAUAUUGAAAAAGAUAGUCUAGAAAUCACCACCAUUGAGCAUUCUUGUAAAAAUAAGACAGAUUACUCCUUAGCAUCAAAAGCAGUCUCUUGAAAGUUUAAUAAUAUAUGUUUCAGUGUAACAUAAUCUUACUGGGAGUGUGUCGAAUACACCAGAACUUUUUGAAUUGUGUGCUGAAUGAUGUACAUAGUCUGGAAGAAAAAAGCCCAAGUCUUGUGCACAUUUAAAUCGUGUACAUAAGUAUUUCCGUAUUUCAGUAAAGUAGAUAAAGCACUCGUUAAAUAGCAUUGUUCACAUUGACCAAAUAUUGCCUGUUUCCUUUAAUUCAAAUGCAUUAAGUUCCCGCCUCCCUCUCCUUCCCUGCCAUGUUGCUGUUUUAAGGCUUCAUAUGUAUUAACAUUUCUCUGAUCAAAAUUGUGGCUGUUUUCCUUAUGAACCAUAAUAUAAUCAUUUGUGUGAUGUACAUUGUGCCAUUUUUGAUGACUAAAUGUCUAUAUUUCUGCCAUUCCUGUAAGAGAGGGAGUUUUUUACUGAUAGCAGCAAAUGUUCACUUCAGUCAAACUUGGGUGUUCAGUGGUAAACCAUAUAGUAUUUAGACUGGUAAAAAUAGUUUGCACACAGGAAUAGCCUCUGAUUUUUAGCUCUCUUGUAAUCCAAGUAUCAUUGUUCAUGGAAUUCUCUAGGUCAUUUUUAUUGUGUUGUUCUAACAAGACAGAUUAUUGCUACAACAAUAGUUAUAAGAUAUUUCUAAAAUAUCCUUUGAUUUUUACUCUAAGUAUGGUAGAGUAAGAGGCUAAACAAGAAGCUGUUUCCUUGAAGACAUUGCUUUCAGUAACCAUACAUGUCUAAAUAAUUUAGCUUAUCAUUCAUUCUAUGUAGGAAUGAGAUAAGAAAGGAUAUGAUGGCAGGAAAAGAAAUGCUUUUCAUUUUUUAUACUUUAGUUUUAUUUUCUUAGGAUCUAUAUCCUAUAUAUAUAUUUUUUAAAGCACUAAUUUAUUGCAGUCUUUAUUUUAGGAAAAUGUGAAGCAUUUUUUUCUCCCCUAAAAUGAAUAUAUUUAGAUGACAAGUCUUUAGUGCCGGUAGAACUAAUUGAUUUUGUACUAUAGUAGGAAAGUGUUUAUGUUUCACCAGAAAUAAAAUAUGUAGGGUUUGUAUGUAAUCUUCUGUGUUUAUCCUAUGUUGAUUUACCUUAAAUUUGCAACAUACAUAUCCAUAUAAAUAUUCAUGACUUUCUUAUAUUUCAUUAAAAUGUUUUAUGAUUUCUUAAAAUCAUCACUGUGCUUCUAAAUAUUUUUACGUAAAAUCAUUGUAUAAUGCUAUACUGUGAUAUACAUGAAAGUUUAUCUUGAACAGUGCUCUUUAACAAAAAUUUAAAUUUAUCUUGGUUUUGCUAUGCUUAUGGGUAAUUCAUAGAAAAAAAGCAGAAAAAAUACUGUUCCCAAAAGGCAGUUAUAUAUUUCAGUUUAAUAUCACCUGUAAGUAUGAGAAAGGUUUCCAUGUCUCCUACCCCUCACUGCACUUAGGAAAAUUCUUAUUUAUGAAUAAAGGAAGAUAAGUAAAUCUAA